UACAACGUCAACACAAAAAAAUAAAAAAUAAAAAUCAGAUCAAGUAGCAAAUUCAGAAGCAAUUAACACUGCAAUUUGCAAGCUUUUCGCCACUAGCUCAAAUAUGCCGCUGAGCGCCAACAGCGUCACGAAAUACCAAUAAUUCAGUGUAAUAAAAAAUGCCACAAAACACAAUGGUCACCAACACAAAUACAAUAAACAAUAAUUUCCAUAUAAAUAAUAAUGAGGAAUAUGACAUCGAUCAGGAUGAUGGCAUGCAGGAUCUGGGUUUGCCGGUAUCUGUGCAAACGUUUCUAUGGCGUCAGAUUGCGCCUUUCAUAAGGCCAAAAUUAGGCAAAUUGCAUGAGGCCAGUUGCAUGUUUUGUCAACAUGCACCGGGACAUCAUGAAUCAAAGGAAGCUUGCAAGUCCUUUGAAAAAGUACUGGUACAAAACAUCCAAUUCGGUUUAUCGCCGCCGCUCACCAAAGCACUGGGGGCUAUACCACGCUGGCGACUACUGCAGGCAGCGCUACCACACGUAAUGCACUGUGUUGCCGCCUUGUUGCACAAUCGUGUCAAAGAUAUGCAAGCAAUUGGACCAGUCGAAACGAAAUUACUCUACACCAUGCAGUGGAUAUUGCUCUACGCCGCCGAGGAAUGCGCUGAUGAUGAGGGCGGAAAUGAAAUUUUGGGUGAUGAGACACCCAAGCAGAAAUCUGUGGAGCAAUAUUUGUUUUCGGUGCCUACGAUAACGCUCUUUGUAUACCUAUUCGCGCCCAUCAUACACCAUUUGAAAGAAUCAGACUUCCAAAAUUUCCGCUUAGAAAAUGGCAUUAAAUUAUGGCAGGGUAUGUGGGAUAAUCGCGCGCCGGGGGCACCUUGUUUUACGGCACCUGUCAAGCCAAAGGCGCGUAAUUUGCUCUGUGCGCCCACACCGAAAGGUUCGACGGAUAUGUUUCCUGGACGCAAGCCAUCAUCCAAUGCAGAUGUAGCCACCUCACCAAAACUAGAUUCGCCGCAGAGUCAACUAUCGGAGCACACCAGGCAAGACGAAGAAAACUCUUGGGUCUCUUCGCCCAAAGAAUUUGCUUUUCCCGAGACCAUACCCGAGGAGGCUUCAAGUGUGGAAGAUGAACGCGUAGUCAUUUUUCGGCUGCCCUCCGCGCCACAUCUAAUGGACAACUCGUUUUUUACGGCCGACGCAAGCUUACUGCAACAACAACAAUUGCAAAGUCGUCGCGGCAGCCGGCAGUCGGUACACUCACGCGACAAAGAUAAACCAGCCACAAAGUUCGAAUUCGAUCAACAAGAGCUAAUGCGUGGUGCAUCGGUAAAGGAUAGGAGUAGUCCAUCAUUGGAGAAGGAGACCGAAUCAGAUAAGUCUGAUAGUGUGCGUAUGGAUGUAUCGGCGGCCACAUUUCUUGAUGUAGCCGUGUUGCGUUGCCUCUUCAUUUCGCACUGGCAGGAAGAGGGCAUUUUCUGGAGUCUACAAUACAUGUACAAUCGCCUAAGCGAAAUCGGUGAAGAGGCGGCCAUUAGUUUGAAUCAGCCACGCAAACGAUCCAACUCGCUACCCAUACCACAAAUCGAGAUUUCACUGUAUCAAGGUCCGGGCAGCAAUAGUCGCGAUAGCCCAAGCAGCUCAGUGGCUAAAGAUUACAUCGAAAUACCGGAACCAGCGGUAACUAAGCAAGUUGAAGAGUCCAGCCCCACAGCGGAGCGCCGCGGCAGUGAGAAGAAGAAGCGCGUCAAAAUGGCUGAUUUGCGUGCCUUUGUCGAAACGAAAAUGUUCUCGAAGUCCGAGAAGAAUCUUGAAAAAGUAGGCCUAGAAACAAGCUCUGCUAAUGGCAAGAGACCACUGCAACAUGCAGAAUAUCAUCGCAGUCUGGAUACGGGCGAGAAGAAAUUAUCACGCUCAGCUUCAAUGAUUACCAGAGAGCCAGCAAGUAAUCUUAUUAAAGGAAAAUCAAUGCCAAGUUUAAGAUUUUACAGGUAUGUGGAGCCACCGAAAGCAAUGCGUCCCUCCCAGUCCACCGGACAGCGCACGACAUUCUAUCCGCGCAAUCCCAUAAUCACCGUAACGGAACAUACGCCUACACCGUCGCCAGAUUAUCUUAAGCGGCAGGGCUCCAUUGACUCCCAAUUGGACGCACUGAGUAAUGGUGGUAGUAUUAGCGGUGUGGCAGGCGGCACAAGUGGCAGCGGUGGCGGUGUUAGUGGCACCGGUACCACGACUAAUCGCUUCCGCGGUCAAAUGCUGCGUUCGCACACCGAUUCACACAUCGAUUACACUGGCGUAGACGAAUCGGAGGCACCUGGCAGCUCCUUCUACAUUACACGCGAUGGUGGCAUUGACUACGAAAUUGUUUUGUUAGCAGUUUUCAAUAUCUUCAAACGAGAUAUGACCAUUUGUUCGCAGCGUGUAUUGGAAGCGGGUUUGAACAUUUGUGAACUAUUACUGGAAAUGGGUGUACUUAAGCUGGGUGAGCAUGCGCACGAGAUAUCGAUGGGUAUUAUAAAACGUGCGCUACUGGUGUUGGGCUGUCACAAUGGCUGUAAUGAUGGCGUACGCGGCCCGCCGGCAGAUUUUUUGCGCAGCCAAUGUCAAAAGAUACUUACACGGAUAUUACGUCAGGCUAGCCAUCGUACCAAACGCUACUUACAAGAAAUGGUAAAAAGUACAGACUUACAUGAAUUAGUAGACUUCUUCCAUGCCUUUGUGGCAUUUUGUGUGGAUCCAAGUUCAUUAUUAUCACCGCUGACACAUAAGCGCACGGGUGGAUUUAAAAAUGUUAACACCGAUACGUCCCCAUCAGGCGGCCAAGGCGGCUAUUCGACCAAUUUCAGUGGGGGUCUUAGUGGUGGACCCGAAUCACAGGUGAUUGCUGCCGUUUUCAAGCCGUUGGUAACGCGUUUUGUAGAAGCAACCAAAGAUUUGAAAUCACCCGAGAAUGCCACAUUGUACAGCGAUAUACGACAGCUGAUAACCUAUGUGAAGGGAGCACACGGUGGACCAUUUCGACUGGUGGCACUUAGUGGCAUAUUGGCCGUGACGCCGCGACCACAUAAGAAGGGACCGACUGCGCAAACUACUCGUGUUAUAAGACACAUACCGCAGGCGGAGGUGGCGCAAAGUAUUCCCAACGAUGAUAAUCGCUCGCAGCGCCGAUUUCUAUUGAAAAAACGUAGCACUUCAUCCGCCUGUGCUGUGAGUCUAUUGGAGACUGAACCGUGUGAGGAGCAUUACAAAAGUAGCCAAUCGCCAUUGAGCAACUUCCGUCGACGUACCACCGGCGUGCGACCAACGCUAACGCCACGUCACAGCGAACGUGCAUUGCUCUCCGAUUCCACAUCAAGUUCGGAACGCAAUUCACUUGGUCGCUUGAGCGGUUUGGUGCGCUGGUUUCGCAGCACGCCAAAAGAGGCGUCUUCCAUUGACUUGGAAAUUGGAUCACUUAAUCCGGAGAUUACAUCAACAUUCAUACGGCAUGCAUCGUUGAAGAUACAACGCGGUCGCACAAGCGAUGGAAUUGGACGCUCGAUACAACGCGCAAAGCGCCGUGUUGAGCGCCGCCUUAAUCGUUUUGGUAUUGUGAAGGGUAAGAAGAAGGCUGGCGGAAUUGAAGAAACCGCAGACUAUAGUCGACGCAGCUCUUCGGACAUGUGCGACGGACCGCGCGAGUCCGAAGUAGUAGUAUUGAAGGAGAGGAAACUGAUACCAAUGGAACCAGUGCGACUGGGCAUGCUACGGUUGUCGUUCUUACUCGAAACCUGCGCGCCAGGCUCAUUUCCCGAUCCGCAGCUGAUUGCAGCCGUAUUGGACUUGCCUCAAGCACCACUUGUGGCACGCGCCACCUUCCUACUUGAAUGCGCGCACUUUGUGCAUCUCUGCAACAAAGGUCAAUGGCCACCGUGGAUGAAGCAUAAUCUACCCGGCUAUCGGCCAUCUGGCGCCAACAUCAACCUGAAUCAGACCAAACAUCAUACAACUGCGACAAGUACGCGACGCACACAUAUACUACAGCGCGCCGCAGGCAAAAUGUUUCAUCAGUGGGCCGAAAUGCUGGGCGCGCGACUCGAGGAGCUCAUAUUUACCGAACGUUUACAAUUCGAGUCGGUCAAUGCCACUUUUGCCGAUCCGGAUCGCCAACGCGAGCUGCUGCAACAAGAUGAAGAAGAGGACUUUCUAGAUGAGGCUUCCGUAAAUCCGCAUGGUAAUGAUUGCCCGCAUGCGUUGAAAUUAAUUGCAUGUGUGCUGCUCUACGAAAUCACUGCUUUUCUGCGAGACACGUAUGUCUUACUGCCCAAAGCAUCGAAGCUGCUACAUCGCGAGAAACACGCACCUUGGGAGAAGGUAUAUCGCGAGGCAAAUCGUCGUUGGUCCAUGGCAUUGAGCUCGAUGGGUCAUUCGCAGACAUCGGCGCAAAGUUUACAGUCCAUUGCUGCCGGUAAUGACACCACGGGCGGUCAAACUGAGCGAAAGAUAUCGUUUGUGCUGCACGAACCCGACAAUGAGUCAGAAAAUAGUAGCAACACUACGCUAACGAAAGAAGGUGAAGAAGCUCGUCGUCCAGCCGCUUCAGCCGUGCGACCAUUCCUUUUGCGCCGCGGUACAGCCACUACCACGGGUGGUUCCUUCAAGCGCCGCUCAUUGAAGCUGCGACGUAAUACUAAGGAUGGCAAAGAUCUAGAAACCGAUUUCAAACGCGUCGACUCCAUACAGUCGCGUCGCAAAGUUUCAUCGCUCUCCGAUCGCAGCGAUACUUCGGAACAAGGAAUGGUCAGUGGUGAAGAAUCGCCAGGAAUACUAAGCGACGAUCAACAACCAGAAUCCCCCACAGACUCCAACGAAACAGAUGACACGGCCAAAAAUAUGCCUUGGCUUAAAGCAGUUAUCGAUCUUAUUACUAGCUACAACUACUAUUGUUCACACAAGGGCUAUUGUCAUCCGUACUGCUACAAGAGACAUAUGCGCGCCUGUACGCGUUUGAUAAAGGCCACCCGAAAGAUCUACGGCGAAGAAUUCGGUUUUACUUUCGAUAUCGAACAUCCGACAGUAGAGCCAACAGCACCCGUAAGCGCGACAUCCAAAUCGAAUCAAACCCGCCCGCGUUCAACGCGUAAGGUAUCCGAACAGAGUUCUACGCACACCUCACCGUCCAAACGCAAGGAUAGUAUCUCGCGACGUGAUCGUAUAAGCGAUGAUCCCGAUAUAGAAAUCGCUGAGAAGCUGGCUGACGCCUUUCAUCAGGCAAAGGAGAAAAAAGAGCAGGACGAACCAGCUAUACUGAAGUAUCAACGCUUCUAUAUACGAACGCUAUUUCACUAUCCCUUCGCCACGAUGCUUAAGGGGGCCGUCAUACUGACCGAGGAAAUGGUUAUCGAAGCAAUGCCCGCAGCUUGGGAACUGCUGCUCGAUACGAAUCAAGACACUGCCUCAGCGAGUUCGGCCGUCUUUCUAAUGGGUUCGGUGAAGGCACAGAAUUUCGCUUUUGACAUAAUGCAGCGCGCUUUGAAGAGCAAAGAUCCUGAUGUACGCAUUGGUGCAGUACAAAGAUAUCUUGUACUCUGGAAGAGCCGCUUUCAUGUGUGGCCGCGCAUGGAGGAAAACGCACAUGAUCUGACCUUCAAAGUGCCACCUGGUGGCAUAGAAUUUACGCUGCCUUCUCCCAAAAUAGGCAUAGAAAGCUUACCGGUCGUCGAUCCGCCUUGGAUGCCUGUGCAACAGACUAAGGAUAUGGAUGUGACGCUCAAUCAGGACAGACACCGCUCCCUCGUAACGGCCACAAAGAGUCGCAAAAUGCAGCAAACAGAGGCAAUACGCAAUGCUUUGCGCCAACAACGCGACAAACAACGCGCCGAGCGGCAUAGUUUCCUCAUCACCACCAUACCGAUCAGCCAGCAAGCAUCGCACGAACCCGGCAUGGAACAUGAAGAUCAUGAGGGUGAAGAGGAUUUGGAUGGCACACGCAUACAUUUGCAUCAUGCGCAUUCACUAUUCCCCUCGGUGCUUUGUUCGUCGGUGAUGCAGAUUGUUGGUUGCUUAGAUGAUGCGGCCAUUGGCACUGAUGGAAAUGCUGUCUAUGAAAUUGCCUAUCAGGCUAUCUGGGUGUGUCUCGUCGAGGAGUCUGCACUCUUCUUACGCUACGUAUUUGAACGGUUAACACGCGAUCGUCAAGAUCAAAUGUUUAAAUUGCUCCGGCAUUUAAUAAGAUUUGUGCCGCGUUUGCCUCAACAGGCUGCCUUUGCGCUAUACAACUCCAUCAUUGGUUACAUUAUGUUCUAUGUGCGCUCAUCAAAUGAGCACAAACAAGAGCUUGUCGGUUCAGCUCUUUCGGUGCUCUGGAUGGUGGUCCACAGCGUACAUGGCAUUAUGUUUAAGGAUCUGAAGCAAAUUCUACGCAAAGAACAAUGCGACGCUUCUAUUUUACUUACAGCAAAUGUACCAGCGGCCAAGAAAAUUGUCGUACAUGGGCCAACCGAUGACGAUUGUAAUAUACCAUCGCAAUUUCCGGUGCAAGAGGACACACUGUUUUGUCAGUUGUUGAAAGAAGCUUUGGACUAUUACCCGGUGGAUGAAAAGAAUUUAAAUCAUUACUGUUUAGUGGAUUACAAAAGUAACAAAAUCCUCAAUCCCAAUUGGUACAUACGUGACUUGUACUUCUUUAAACGCUCUCAAUAUCCAGAAGUUCGUUUGAUACUUAUGAAACCCGAGGUCUCUUUCUUGGCCUUACAAAAGCAAGAACUAACAAAAAAGUUCGUUGAAAUCGGCAAGGUACAUCUGACAUGGGCAAUUUUGAAGAAUGUAGAUAUGGUGGUGCAGCGCGUUGUAUUCUUGCAUGAGGAACUCAUGAAACUACCCUCCUUCCCACGCAAGGCACUCGAAGUGGAUUUGGAUUUACAUCAAAGUGGCGAGUAUGGCAAGGUGCUACUUGGACUCGAUGUGCUGCAUAAAUUCAUGUGGGUGCGUCUAAUUGCGCGCAUGUUUGAAGCGAUGGCCGGCAAUUUCGCCUACUCCGCUGACAUACAACUCUUUCUGAAUGUGCUAUCCGGUGCGGCGAUUUUACAUGCUGAAGAUUCUUGCAUUAUGCGUUAUGUCAUGGCCACCUAUAUAAAUGCUGCCUUCAAUUUUAAGAAUAUAUUUUCAACGAAUGGUUACUUCAUGAUUAUGCCAACACUAUUGCAAGUCUAUUCGCUGCAUCAAACUAAUAAAUUGAUAACCACCACAAUUGAGUACGCAGUCAAACAAUUCUAUUUGCUCAAUCGUAAGCCGUUCAUAUUGCAAAUGUUCGGUUCGGUUUCGGCGAUACUCGAUACGGACGAGGAUGGCACGUACGGGGAGGCACAUAAGGUGCAAUCGAGUUGCUUAUUUAACUUACUACUUAGUUUGGAGGACCCCUCGCCCGAUCCAUUAAAUAUCGCCGAACUGGUAAAGGAGCCCAAGCCGCUAAAAGCUAUAGAUUUUUGCUAUCAUGACGAAGAUGGUGACGUCACUGUGUUGGAUUGCAUCACCUUAUGCGUUAUGGUGGUUUCUUACUCUGCCGAGAGCACACGCGGCUAUCAAAUGCUGAUCAUUCUUGAGGCUAUACUACCAUGCUAUUUACAACAAAUCCAAUCGCCCAGCUACAUUCCGUUACAAGGCAAAUCGGAGCGUGACAUCAUUUUACAGUUGGCUGUCGCCAUACGAACUAUGGUCCACAAUUGUGAGGGUCUGGCGAAGAGUUACAAUGGUCCAUAUCGUAAUAGCCCAGAACACAAGGGCUCAUCGCAACGCAAUUGUAGUCGCGGUCCACCUUGUUCGCCCGGUCUUGACUUCGAGGAGGAAUCGCACUCGAAAUAUGUUAACGAUCCACGCACAAAGAACAUAAUGGAUUCUGGUGAAGAUUCCGAAAUGAUACGCACAGAGUAUCGACGACCUCGUGACGUGCUGCUUUCAGUAGUCGGCGAUUUCCUCAGCAAAUCAAGCACGCGUUUGUUGGAAUUGUCAAAGAAGCUGCCGAACGAUAACAAAACCACAGAGGUGUUGGAUGCCAAAUGCCAUAUGCGUUUAGCAGAAAUCGCGCAUUCGCUGCUGAAAGUCUCACCCUACGAUCCCGAGUCCAUGGCAUGCCGUGGAUUACAGCGCUAUAUGCAGGCCAUUUUGCCACGUGCUGAAUGGUCGAAUGAUGCGCUACGCAACUCACUAAUCACCAUACUGCGACGUGUGGACAAAGUAUUUUUGAAAAUAUCCAAGAAACCUUCGAUACGACGCAACACCGACUGGGAGGCAGCUGCCGGUUUGCUUAAGGGUAUACAUGAAACGAUCGUGCGACAUCCGUAUGUACUGCACUGGCAACAGAUGAAAACGCUCGUCAGCACAGUGCAAAAUCUAAUUGUGAACGAAGGCACUAGCGCCGGUGAGGGUGUGUCAAGCGCAGGUGCUGCUCUCAUGUCUCAGAAUCCUCCGGCCUUCUUUUGCUCGACGGUGGUGCGACUGGUAGCACUGCAAGUGGUCAGCCCGGUGGAUUGUUUCUCGUUGGUGCAGAUUUGUGGUGGCAGUGAAUUCGCUACGCAGGAGAAGGCCGAAGGUUUUCUAAUGCAUUUGAUUAUGCCACUGUGCUUGAAGGUAUGCUCGGGGCGUGGUGUCUCCGAUAUUGGUGAGCUCAAGAUGACUGAUGUCACGUUUCUGUUGACGGUGGUGCUGAAUGCCAUGAGCCCACCGGCGGGUCGCACCGGACAAGCAGUGAUACAGACCAAUCGGGUAGGUGGUGAUUUACGCGCUGGCUCGCUAACUUUUACUGGCAGUCGUGAUGCUAAACGGCCCGCACGCAUUUCGGGAUCGCUUUAUCAGGCCGCCUUUCUGGCGCUCCGCAUUGUGUGUAUUUGCUUCGAGAAUCGCUUGUCUAAUGAAUGGCCGCGAAUAGUGCGCGUAAUGCGGGAUUUGGGUAGACGAAAUGAGGCAGCGCCGGAUUUGUGGAGCUUCCUUGAAUUUGUGGUGACACAUAGAACACCACUGUACAUUGCGUUGAUGUCGUUCAUUUUGCAUAAAAUUUCUCAACCACCGAUUGGCGAUCAUGAACGGCAUAUGCAAUUUAUAAUUCGAGAGCGACUGCGCGGCACCCCACCACAGGGCGGUAUAAAAUCGAAAGGCGCACUUCUGCUGGAAUUGGCCAGAGAACUGAAAGAUUUGAGAGAUGAACUUGAAGAGAAGCGUUACGAUCGUGAGUGCUCCGAUCAGAAGAAAACUGAUACGCCCGCCGCAACGAGCGCAGCCGAAACACAUAAAUCUCAGCAGCGCCCAUCACUCAUAUCAAUAUUUACCGGCACUACCACCGGUCAAGCGACGCACUCUCACGUGUCAGCUGUUCCUAUAGAUUCACGAAGCGGUUCAGGUGGCAUUUGUACUCCCAGCGACACGCUCUCUCAACAAACACUGCACCCUCCCAGAGAGUCGCUAUCGAGCAGCUCUACGGGCCGUGAUCACCAUACAAGUGAAAGCCAGAGCGGCGAAAACGCUGCUGGUUCUGCGCCCACACUAGCUGGCGCUGCGGGUACCACAACUACUGGAACUAUAGGCGAGAUCUCAUGGGAUUCGGUGUCACAAACUUCCUCCACAUCUGGUUAUCGUGACAACAACAGCUUGCAAACCGGUUUGCUUUCGCCGGAUGGCUCCUUGGGUGGCAUGACACUAGGACGGUCGCCAUCUCAGCACUCGUUGCUAAUGGUAUUCGAGGGUCAUGAUGAGGACACGCUUAUUUAACAAUCACAGUCUAGC